GGUAGAGAUGUUAGGGAAAUAUUACAAACCGGACCCGACAUGAGCAUCAGACCGACUGGACAUCUUUCAGCCGUUGUUACUUCGAAGAAGUGAGCGGUUAUCUUUAUACGAAAGAGCUCAGUUUUACGGUCUCCAGGUUCUGGUGGGUCUGUGAAUCGUUUCUUUUUGAGGGACAGAUCCAGUCGAAGGGGUCAAAAUGUCUAUGCAUUUGUAUCAGUUGAGCAGCAAACUGCUUGGAGACACUGUUGGAAAAGUGAACGACAACCUGACAUCCGUGUUGCUGGCAGCUUCAGUCAUCACUCUCACCCUGGGAUAUAUUUCUAAAACACUACUCAAACAGGCCUCUGACAAGGAUCUGAAACAUCCACCUUACAUACCCUCUAGCAUCCCCUUCCUGGGUCAUGCUAUUGCAUUUGGAAAAAGCCCCAUUGAAUUUCUUGAAAAUGCUUAUGAAAAAUACGGCCCCGUGUUCAGUUUUACCAUGGUGGGGAAAACUUUCACCUACUUGCUGGGCAGUGAAGCAGCCACAUUGCUCUUCAACAGCAAGAAUGAAGACCUGAACGCAGAGGACGUCUACUCCAGACUGACCACUCCAGUGUUUGGCAAAGGAGUAGCUUAUGAUGUGCCGAACCCUAUCUUCCUGGAACAAAAGAAGAUGCUGAAGACUGGACUGAACAUUGCUCAUUUCAAGCAACAUGUCAAGAUCAUUGAGGAUGAGACCAUAGAGUAUUUUCAGAGAUGGGGAGACAGUGGGGAGAGAAACCUGUUCGAGGCCCUGUCUGAGCUGAUCAUCCUAACAGCCAGCAGCUGCCUCCAUGGGAAGGAGAUCCGCAGCAUGCUGAACGAGCGAGUGGCCCAGCUCUACGCUGACCUGGACGGAGGAUUCAGUCACGCCGCUUGGCUCCUGCCCGGCUGGCUGCCCCUGCCCAGCUUCAGGAAGAGGGACAGAGCUCACACGGAGAUCAAGAACAUCUUCUUCAAGGUGAUUCAGAAGCGCAGGAGAUCUGGAGAGAAAGUGGACGACAUCCUGCAGACCCUCGUUGAUGCCACCUACAAAGACGGACGGCCCCUGGAUGAUAACGAGAUAGCGGGGAUGCUAAUUGGUCUCCUCUUGGCGGGUCAGCACACGUCCUCCACCACCAGCGCCUGGAUGGGCUUCUUCCUGGCAAGAGACAAAGAUCUGCAGGAGCGCUGCUACGCCGAGCAGAAGGCUGUGUGCGGAGAAGACCUGCCACCGCUUGAAUUCGAUCAGCUGAAGGAUCUCAACAUGUUGGAGCGCUGUUUAAAGGAAACCCUGCGGCUCCGUCCACCCAUUAUGACCAUGAUGAGGAUGGCUCGCUCUCCUCAGACUGCAGCAGGUUACACCAUCCCUGUGGGCCACCAGGUCUGCGUCUCCCCGACUGUUAACCACCGUCUGCAUGACACCUGGGACGAGAGGAUGGAGUUCAGGCCUGACCGCUAUCUCAAUGACAACCCUGCAGCAGGGGAGAAGUUCGCCUAUGUGCCAUUUGGAGCUGGCCGUCAUCGCUGCAUUGGGGAGAACUUCGCCUACGUCCAGAUCAAAACCAUCUGGUCCACUUUACUCCGCAUGUUCGACUUUGACCUGGUGGAUGGAUAUUUCCCCACAAUCAACUACACCACAAUGAUUCACACCCCUCACAACCCCGUCAUCAGAUACAAGAGGAGGAAACAGUGAGAGACUGACGGAGGACACUGGAGGGACGAGGAGCGAAGACACGAGGAAACAAACAAACAUCCUGAGUGGGACUGGAAUUUAGGGAAAAUUUAGAUGAAAGCACUUUGCUGUUUCUAAAUGUCAAACCUUUUACUUUUUGUCUCCAGCUUCCUUUAUACAGUCUGGAGUCCAGUCCUUUUUCUGAAUGUCAACAUAAUUCAUGAAUUUUAUGUUUCCAGAGAUAAAUACACUGGCUGUAUAACACUGACUUGGAACACUGAGGCUCAUAUACACAAAAUGAACUCUUAAAAAAUAGAAAUGGACAGUUUGACUAGUAGGGUGCCUUGAUGAUGAGAAAGAAUGUCUGUUGACUGAAUUAAGCCUCUGGAUCCAUCGUUCAAAGCAGGUUUUCCUCAGUGGAUAAUUGCAAUGAGUAAAACCAGGAGAAGAAUUUUACUUAAGUCCGUUUUUGAGGGACCGUUUAGGAGUUUUCUCAGCAUAGUUACAAAAAAAACUUUAUACAUCUUAGUUCCUGAGAGAAGCCUGUGGACUUUUCCUACAGAGUGAAUUUGCACUGAUGUCAGAAAAACCCAUCACCGACUAAAAUUACAUUGAAACAAUGCAGAAAUGGUAUAGAUAACAUCAAAACAAUAACAACCAUGACAGGCCUUUUCCACUAUAAGCGUUUCGACAUCUCACAGUAGUAAAAUCAAAAGGUGUAGAUAAUAAAAUUAUUGAUAAGUGAAUUCCAUUUAGCAGCUUCAGUUUGAGGGUCCUGGUACUGUGCAUGCUGACUCACUGUCAUGGCUCACUGAGACACUAUAAUAGAACAGAGCCAUUGUUAAUGCUAUUAGUAACACCUGUGCUUUUUCCUACUAUGAAAAGGCAAAAUUUCUGCUGUGAAAAAGACAGAUUAGCUGUGACUGCACAGAAACAAUGAGCCUCUGAAUUAUCAGAUGUUAUCACACUAUCCCGGAUCGUUUCAAAGAGCGCCCGUCACACCCCGAGGCAGUCGGAUGCCAUUCUGCGACCUGAUCCCAUUUAGAGAACACUAUACUGAUCCUACAGAAGGGUCUGAAGGAGUUACAGCACUACCACGCUUUGUGUAAGUUUUGUUUUUCUUGCUGUAACUUAAAGGCUCCCCCACUCCCACAGGUGUUUUCAGUUAUUUUGGCUGAUUAGACUCAGAUCUACUCAGGUUGAAGGUUGGUGAAGCUAUGCUGAGCAUUUUGAGAUAUCAUAUCUGCUGAAAUGAUAAAAGUGUAAGUUGUCCCACCUUAAAAAGUGCAAAAUAGCAAAGAGUAGAGUGAGGGGUUUGUCAAACAGUUUGAACAUGCCUGCAGUAGAGGUGCAAUUAGGCAAAAUAAGUGAUAACACCUGUGUGGGUUAACUAUAUAGGUGUGCAGUGCCUUUGAAUUAGAAGCUUUUAAAGGUGACCUGAUGAGGCGUUUUUCCUGCUGGACCUCGUUAAGUUAAUGAGCACUAACGACCUCUUGUGUGAACAGCAAGUUUUAAUGCACAAGCUGUACAGAAUCAAACUGACAGUGUAAAAGUGCAAAACUUUAAAUGACAAAUAAAACGGUGCAUAUCAA